GUCCGCUCGAACAUUUGAUGCCAGGACUUAAUCAUGAACACUUCGAGUUAUGCUUUAUUUGUUUGCAUAAUUAUUUCAAGUCUGGACUUUGUGACAGCAUUACACGGACCUCAUGUAUGCUCCUACAGUGUGCGAAGAUCAAGAGAUAGAUACACGAGGUGUGGAUUCUGGGGAUGGAGCCGAUGCAGAAGAACUGAUUACUACUACGAAAGCAUAGACUACUGCUGUUCAGGCUGGAGGUCAAACAGCUAUGGAUCCUGCAGCAUACCAAUAUGCAGGGUACCUUGCUAUAACGGAGGGACCUGUAUUGCCCCAGACAGAUGUCAAUGUCUUCCUUCCUACGCUGACGGGGGAUACUGCACCAAUGUCCAAUGCUCACACCUACACCCGUGUUUUCCUGGAGGCUGCACAGGGUCAAGCAGUUGCAGUUGUAUAGAUGGAUUCCAGGGGUCAAGCUGUCUGUCUUUUACGAGCGGAAAGAACAUGCCAGUUUUGCUUUCAUGCGAUGUUACUUUGAGAGAUGACAGAAGAACCGAUUUGAAGAACCUUUUUUACAUGAAUGUGCCGUGUGCUACAACCGAUGCGCCGGUCUGGAGUAACCAGGAAAACUUCAACUAUGUCGAUUUUCAUCUUCAAGCCAUUUAUGAACCGAUGUAUGCGGCGUUCCGCUCGGAAAAUUAUAUUUCAAGUUCAGGUUUUGGAAUCGUGUCAAGCAACGCCCGUAUCGUCCAUAAGAAAGUCAACAAGGACCAAAGCGGCAAUCCACUUGGCGUUUAUGAUCACACGUUCAGUUGCAGUCAAGUCUCAAACACAAAUCCUUUGAUAAAUUUGAACUGCACCCUUACACAAAGAGACUACGUAUACAGUAUUGAACAUGGAGACAACUUUACCGUGACAUUCAACGUUAAGAGUGGUGGGUUUCGGAGAUUGCGGAACAUAAACACACAUGGAUACUACACUACCAAUUAUUUCUAUGGCCACACAGUAUCGAAAACAGUAGAGUUUAAAUUUGACUUUGUAGCCCCGAAGCAUUGCUCCGAAGAAGAAUCUAAAAUAACUUGUAUAAAGGGACAAGAACCAAUCGCAAUCGACGAAGAUCUUACAAAGAAACCUAUAAGGCCACGAUGGUCGGGAUGGUAUGACGAUCACUCUGGGCUUUUUGAAUACAGACUUGAGGCAUAUCACCUUGAGCCAAACAUUCAUGGCGAGCUCAUUGAACUGCAUCCACUGUCUCCUGUCUUCACGUACACUGAAAACAAAACAGACAACGUAACAUUUCCGACCUUCACCCCGAAGCAUUCAGGGAUGUUUUCGAUCUUACUCACAACCGCCGAUAUGGCUAACAAUACAAAGAUUGCAAGGCGUCUUGUAUUGUAUGACAAUUCGUCUGAAAUAACACUUACAAAACCUGGUCUUUAUGCAAAAAUGCCGGACUCUGAAGAUAUUGAAAAUAUGGUCUUUGGAGACGGUGGGUUAUAUAUUGUCAGUGCUAUAAAGGAGACUGGAUUCAUGUGGCAAACAUCGGACAAUGGGUCACAAUCACGGAUUGAAAUCAGUUGGAACAAUCACUUUGUAAAUAAACUAUACGACAAAGGGAAAUUGCUGAAUAAAGUAUUACCUUAUCCUACACAAUUUCUAGACUUGGAAGAUGAUGGAGUUCUGAGGAGCAAAAAAUAUGUUGCACUCGAUGACAAUGAGGGCGAAAGAACAUUGAACGCAAUUAAAAACAAACAUGGAAUUGUGAAAUUUGAACUAAAUCGUGUUUAUACGGAUGAUAAACAGAUUCCAGCAGUAAAGUGGGAGCCUUUACCAUUGGAGGAGAGUUAUGUAAUCUUGGAACAUCUUGACGAUGGGAGUCACGUUAGGAUUUGGCUGCGUGCAACUGACGUCAUGAACAAUACAGCUGUUGAUUACACUGAAGUUCAUGUUGACAACACACCACCCAGAUUCUCAGAUCAGCGUCUUGAGACAAACGUUAUAAAUGGGACAUAUACAUACACAUCGAGAGUCACAUUCCAAGCGUCGGACGAUGGUAGUGGUGUCCAUAAGCUGAAUUUGACCCUUUAUGUUGGAAACAGUACUACACCGAAGAAAAUACACUCGGUCUCAGCAAAUAGAAACGACUCUGCAGGAAUCUGUGACAUAGACCCAUCGUGCAACUGUGUUCUGGAUGUAUGUUACCGCAUUCAACAAAUGAUUGACAUGGAUAACUGUUGGUUUCUCGUCCCCAAAGAAGAUCUCAAUAAAUCGGGUACAUUACAAGUAACGACGUUCAACCAGGCCUUACUAACAAGAACGUUCAACUUGACGAUUGACCAUCUGAAUACAUUAGAUGGCCUUGAAGAAUACUCCGGACCUACUAACAUACGAAUUGAUGAGAGAUUGCCAAAUGGAGCUCGCCUUGUUUGGGAUAUACCAGAUACACCUUCAUGCUUCGGGAAGGUGGAGAUAGUGUUAGUCGUCUUCCUUGGCAACGGACAAACCAGAACGAUACAGGUUAACAGCGAGCAGACGUCAGUUGACAUCGUGGGAUUGGAUCCAGACGAAGAGUACAGAGUGUCGCUGCGAGUUGGAUAUGACGGGACCGACCUGGCCUCUCUUCCAUACACCUUCAAAACUGCGGAGAAAGAAAAUCACCUGCAAGGGGGCGUAAUUGUCGGAAUUGUUGUCAGUGUACUGGUUAUAGUCGGACUGUUGAGUGCAAUUUUUGUGGUCAUGCUGCGAAGAGGUCAUAUGCAGCCGGUACGAAGAAGACUUGAGUCGAUGUCGGUCAGGUACAGAGGAGUAAUGGGCGGCAAUGACUAUUCCGGUAAAAUCUCUCGUUCCUAUGGAAACGCUAUGUACGGGUACGGUGACAUGGACUUCUCGGACCUUGAUUCUUGGAAACUCGCUCGAGAUGACGUCAGCUUGCAAAGUAUUAUGAAGUCAGGGUCGUUCGCUGACAUUUACACGGCUACAAUCGCGUACAACGGCAACACUGUCAUAGCAAAGGUUCUUAAACAGGGAUUUACAAAACAGGACGAACAUCUCAUGAAAGCCAAAAUCAAUUUCUAUACUACUGUUGUUGGCAAGCAUGAAAAUGUAAUCAAGUUACUUGGAGCGGUUGUUGACGACACAAUUAUGGGACCUUUUAUGGUAUUUGAAUACUGCGCCAACGGGCAGCUGAGUGAUUAUCUUCAGACAUUAAAGUCCAACCUAACCUUGGAUACACAGGAACUACUAUACAGGUUUGGCCUUGGUGUGGCCCGUGGCAUGGAGUACUUGGCUGAAAAACAGGUUCUCCAUCGGCGACUGGCAGCACGGAAUAUUCUACUGGACGGCGAUCUUGAUGUUAAGAUCUCUGGUUUUGGACCCAUGGACGUGGACGAAGACAAGGGGAAACGGGAGCGCAUUCCAAUCAAGUGGAUGGCCCCCGAAUGUUUGAAGACCACAGAGGAGGCGACAGAGAAAAACGAUGUCUGGUCAUACGCUGUGGUACUAUGGGAAAUAUUUACUCUCGGUGAUGCACCCUACGAAAAUAUUCGAGGAAAGGACAUCCAAGCAAAGCUGAAAUCUGGCUACAGGCUUCCUAAACCAGAACAGUGUGAUAACAAGUGGUACGAUGUAAUGACACAAUGCUGGCAAGCCAACCCAGAUCAACGCCCGACAUUCAAAACCAUCAGAGGAGAACUGGACGAGAUGUUCGUGGCCGCGCCUCAAGACGACUAUUACAUCUAUAGAAAAUAGUGUUUGACGACCCGAACGACGGACAGAGUGUUUAUAUUGGACAAAUGUUUGGGGUUGAGGGAUUGUAGAAAUUGUAAUUAUAGUACACAUUCGAUAAAAGAAUUAAUGUGUCUAUCUCAAGAGCAAUGGUUUCAUAUUUGUGACAUCGUCUGCAAAAAUGUGUCAUGUGGGGGUAUUCACGUUCAAGAAAAUGAAAUGAAUAGUAUGAUAAUAAAAUAGGGAGUUAACUCUAGUACCUAUAGUACCUUUUAUUUCCUUCGGUAAUUCUAGUAUUGAUUUCUUUUAAUUGGCGCUCUAAUUCAUUGUUAGAAUUUCAGUGAAAGGUAGUCUUAUAUUUUUACCUUCCCUCCCGCCCUUUAUGUGCUGUAUUAAUAUUGUAAAUUAUAUAGUUUAUUUGUAAUUACAUGUAUUGUGUUUUAUUAAUAUUUCCCCGAUUUAAGGGCGAUUUAGCUGCUAUUGUUCAGUGUCAUAUGUAUGUAAGAAGUAUGCAGCCUUUUUUCGGCCAAAAUAAAAUAUAUUUUCAUAUUAUGUGCUUUAAAUAUUCCCGACAUAAUUUUGGUAGACUUGUUUGCAAAUCAGUUUAUAUUUCAUUAUUGAUGCACAUUUCAGUAAAUAGAUAUAGUUUAUGAACUUGAAAAAAAUAACUCAAAUUUUAAUAACUGGAUACAAAUAUUGGUAAAUAUAGAUUGUAAAUUUUUAUCCAGUUUUUUUAAAAUUUAGCAUGCGGAAGAUUAGGAAUUUUAGUACACAUGUAAUACUUCGUAUAUCAAUUUCAAAUUGUAUCAUUGUUUCAUAUUUGAGUAAUUGAAUAUCAUUUAUGAAGUUGACGGGAAAUUUCGAACACUAAUAUCUUGUAUUUGUACGUAUUGUACGAAUCACAGGUACCAUGUCAAACCUAUGAUAAAGACCGAAACGCGUAAAAAUGGGGAUCGACAGACGCUAUAAAGUUCGAGUAACAUAAAUCCUCUUUAUUACCAUGAUCAGGUAUCCUUUGUUUACAAACAAAACGUCAACAUGUUGUCAAAGUCUGAUAGCAACGCCUUUAUGAUUUAAUAUUUGGAAUAGUGAAGAUAUGAAAUAAAUAAGUCAUUUAUCAUUGUUCAAUGGGGCAUAUAUUUGGACUAUUACACAGCUAACGGCUCGUCCAAUAUGUUUUUCCAAGAUGUGUACUCGUCCAAAUAUAUCUACUUAUUGUACAGAACACUGUUAAAUAAAUGUCUAACAGUAUUUUUAUAUUUCUGUGAUUGUAUGCAUUAUUGUAAUUAUAAUAUGAAACUGCAUGUCAACUUAUAUAUUUUUAAUUUUUCAAAUAGAUAUGAAUAAAUUUA